AGAAACAGUUUCGAUAGUUAAACGAGUUCGUGCUCUCGGCAUGCCAACAUCUCUCACUGCCCCAACACUAAAGUGCUAGCCCAUUGAGCAAUAGCAAUUGUUUCUCCGUUUAAGAAAUCUGAAAAAUUCAGGGCUUGAGAGUCUACAGCCAGUUAGCCAUUGUUUGUUGUUGUUGUUGUUGAUUUUGUUUCAAGAUCAGCGUGCUGUGAUUAGUAGUGAAAUGGCUGCUACCGCACUCAUUCGCCAAGUGGUCAUCGACUUUAUCUGUCUCGCCAUUGUCUUCGUCGUCCUUCCGCUCAUCCCGGAGAAAGCCUGGACUGUGCCGCAUCAUGGCUUCUUCUGUAACGACCCGGACAUCCGCUACCCGUACCUGGACUCGUCUUUGUCGCGCAUAGUCGUCGGCGGAGUCGGAUAUGUCGGUCCCAUUGUGACGAUGAUUAUUAUCGAGAUAUUUCGAUGGAGAAACAACUCCAACAACUCUAAGAGGCUGACGCGCCAGAACAGUGCUUCAACAAUCAACGUUUCAUCGGCUAUUCGAAUACCUUCCGUGAUCGCCGAGCUGGUCCACUUGGUUGCCAUCUUUCUCUUCGGUGCUGCUUGCUCACAGCUGGCCACAGAUUUUGGCAAAUACACCAUCGGCCGUCUCCGUCCCCACUUUAUUGCCGUCUGUCAGCCGGAAAACUUUGCUCAGUUAUGUCCGUUGGACGGACCGCCUACUUAUAUCACCGAUUACAAAUGUACGGGUGACGACGAAAAACUACUUCGGGAAUCUAGAUUGUCUUUCCCAUCUGGUCACUCUUCCUUUUCGGCUUACACGAUGCUGUUUUUGGCCUUCUAUCUCCAACGGCGGAUGAACUGGUCAGGCUCAAAGCUACUCCGGCCAACUAUCCAGAUAUGCGUAUUAAUGCUUUCGUGGUACACUGGCCUUUCCCGAGUUUCCGACUACAAACACCACUGGAGUGACGUGCUGUCGGGAUUUCUCAUCGGCGCCAUCGCUGCUUCCUUAACGGCCCUUUACGUCUCCAGACUCUUCCAGCCGUCCAUUCGUCGAGACAUGGCCCUCGUGCCACAGAGUAGAGAAGAUGUCGAAAUGCAACAAAACCAUCUGCAAGCUUCAGCCGGCAAAUGACUCUUACUGGCCGGUAAUUGAUUGGGCAAUCAAUUUCCAGACUGAACACAAGUGAAGGAGAGAAAUAACCGCCACUGCCAACCGUUUCGUCGCUACAUACCAGUGGACUACUCUUCGAAAAUAUUAGUUGAUACUUUUUUAAAAAUUCACAAAAUAAUAUAAAUAACUGGCUUGUUCAUAACCCCCUCCCCCCCCCCGUGAUCACACAGUUAGGUGCCUUUCUGUUUGCCAUACGUAUUAUUAUUAUUAUUGUUUAGUUCAGUACCCCGAAAUUUCAACAUUCACUGAGUUGCUCCUUAACCUAACUUACACACAACAAAAUCUCACGAACGCAACUGUAAAGAGAGAAUUCACGCUCUUUACAUAAUAAUAAGUUGCCGUAUAACAAAUACACACGAUUUUUAGCAAA